UGGCCCAGACUUCCGCAUGCAGCCUGCCCUCGGGUCUCCUGGAGUCUCCCCAGGUCGGGCGCCUCAGCUUUGGUGAGAGUCACACGCGACACACCCUCUUACUCAGAGACGAAUCGCUCUGUUGCCUCCCCUCGCUGACCACAGGUGCUCCAGGGCUCUUUCUAAAGGAGACAGCUAUUCCAGCCGGGAGGCUGGAGUCUCCCGGCCUGAAGGCCCCGGGGUGUGAGGGAUGGGUUUGCCUGGAAGGAGAGGAAGUGGCCGCGCGGCUUUAAUCAUCGGGGCUAGUCCCCGGCGGGCCUCGGGGGACAGGGAAACUGGAGGCGGCCUUAAAGCGGCGAGAUGAGAGGUCGCAAGAGGAGCUGCAGAGUGAGCGUGCGUCCAGCUUCUCGCCGCCAAACCGCCCUUCCGCCACCCUUUGCCCUUAAAAAUCUGCAGACUGCGCCUCCUCUCCGAGGGAGCGAGACCUAGCAGGCCCGGGGCUGGGCGUGCCCUCGCCUGCCCCGCCGCGCGCUGCCCUCAGCCGGGCCGCUGGGGGCCGCGCAGGGCGGAGACAGUGCACCUGGCACAUUGUGCCCGGCGGGCGGCGGACACCGAGCCUCAGCGGGAGGUCCCGGCGCAGCUUCGCCAGCGCGCCCUGGCUCCAGCCCACCCCUGCUGCAGCCUUGGCUGGGCAGCCGCCGACACUGGACGCCCCCCGCUCCCAACUUCGCCAGCGCCUCCUCCCCGGCUCUGCGCCGGGCGGUUUGUAGGGACUCAGCUCUCCACGUGCAAGUCUGUGAAGCGGCACGCAACAGGCUCCUGGAAAGGAGAAGACACCAGCAUUUGCCACAAUGCUGUCAUCCACUGACUUUACAUCUGCCUCCUGGGAGCUUGUGGUUCGCGUUGAUAAUCCCAGUGAAGAAGAGCAGAAAGAUGUCACACUGCGAGUGUCUGGAGACCUUCAUGUCGGGGGAGUGAUGCUCAAGUUAGUAGAACAGAUCAACAUAUCCCAAGACUGGUCAGACUUUGCUCUUUGGUGGGAACAGAAGCGUUUCUGGCUUCUGAAAACCCACUGGACCCUGGACAAAUAUGGGGUCCAGGCAGAUGCAAAGCUUCUCUUCACCCCUCAGCAUAAAAUGCUGCGCCUUCGCCUGCCAAAUUUGAAGAUGGUGAGGUUGCGAGUCAGCUUCUCAGCCGUGGUUUUUAAAGCUGUCAGUGAUAUCUGCAAAACCCUGAAUAUUAGAAGAUCAGAAGAGCUUUCCUUGUUAAAGCCUUCUGGUGACUAUUUUAAGAAGAAGAAGAAAAAAGACAAAAAUAAUAAGGAACCUGUAAUUGAAGAUAUUCUAAACCUAGAGAGUUCUCCAACAGCUUCUGGUUCACCAGCAAGUCCUGGUUUAUACAGUAAAACCAUGACCCCCAUAUAUGACCCCAUCAGUGGAACACCAGCAUCAUCCACCAUGACUUGGUUCAGUGACAGCCCUUUGACGGAGCAAAACUGCAGCAUCCUGGCAUUCAGCCAACCCCCCCAGUCCCCAGAAGCACUUGCGGAUAUGUACCAGCCUCGGUCUCUGAUUGAUAAAGCCAAGCUCAAUGCAGGUUGGCUGGACUCCUCACGCUCCCUUAUGGAACAAGGCAUCCACGAGGAUGAGCAGCUGCUGUUACGAUUUAAAUACUACUCUUUCUUCGACUUGAAUCCUAAAUAUGAUGCUGUCCGAAUAAACCAACUCUAUGAACAAGCCAGGUGGGCCAUUCUCUUAGAAGAAAUUGAUUGCACAGAGGAAGAAAUGUUGAUCUUUGCAGCUCUACAGUACCACAUUAGCAAACUGUCAUUGUCUGCUGAAGUACAGGAUUUUACAAGCGAGUCCGAGGUUGAUGAAAUAGAAGCAGCGCUUUCUAAUUUGGAAGUAACCCUAGAAGGUGGAAAAGCAGACAGCCCUUUGGAGGACAUUACUGAUAUCCCUACACUUGCAGAUAAUCUCAAAUUAUUUAGGCCCAAGAAGUUACUACUAAAAGCUUUCAAACAGUAUUGGUUUGUCUUUAAAGACACAUCCAUAGCCUAUUUUAAAAAUAAGGAACUUGAACAAGGAGAACCAGUAGAAAAACUAAAUCUUAGAGGCUGUGAAGUUGUGCCAGAUGUAAACGUAGCAGGGAGAAAAUUUGGAAUCAAGUUACUAAUUCCUGUGGCCGAUGGUAUGAAUGAAAUGUAUUUGAGAUGUGACCAUGAGAAUCAAUAUGCCCAAUGGAUGGCUGCCUGCACGUUGGCAUCGAAGGGCAAAACCAUGGCAGACAGCUCCUACCAGCCAGAGGUCCUCAACAUCCUUUCAUUUCUGAGGAUGAAAAACAGGAACUCUGCGUCUCAGCUGACUUCCAGUCUCGAAAACAUGGAUGUGAACCCAGAAUGUUUUGUAUCACCACGGUGUGCAAAAAAACACAAAUCUAAACAGGAUGAUUACAGAGCAGCCGGUGCAUGUGAGGAGAGGUUGAUGUCUGUUUCUGCUCAGCUGGCUGCCCGGAUCCUGGAGGCGCACCAGAACGUGGCCCAGAUGCCCCUGGUCGAAGCCAAGCUGCGGUUCAUCCAGGCGUGGCAGUCACUGCCUGAGUUCGGCCUCACCUACUACCUUGUCAGAUUUAAAGGAAGCAAGAAAGAUGAAAUUCUGGGAGUUUCAUAUAACAGGUUGAUUAAAAUCGAUGCCGCCACCGGGAUUCCAAUGACAACAUGGAGAUUCACAAAUAUCAAACAGUGGAAUGUAAACUGGGAAACCCGGCAGGUGGUAAUUGAGUUUGACCAAAACGUCUCUACUGCGUUCACCUGCCUGAGUGCAGAUUGCAAGAUUGUGCACGAGUACAUUGGGGGCUACAUUUUCUUGUCCACCCGCUCCAAGGACCAGAAUGAAACACUUGAUGAGGACUUGUUCCACAAAUUGACCGGCGGUCAGGAUUGAAGCAAGCACGUGCCUACUCGGCUCACACCAGCAAGGACAAACCAAAGGCGCCUCUCCCCAGAGGGAUGGGAUCCAUGACUUGCUCAGCAUGUAGAUGCUGGACUAACAGACAAUAUACGUUCACCUCUGGUCACCUGGAGCCUCACCUUAUUUCAAACCCACUGGGUUUUUUCCUUUUGGCACAUCCCUUUCCUUUACCCUGUGCUACCAGGAAGGAGCCUCUCUUGUUUUUUCUAUAAAACGGGUGUGCAGGAGAAAGGGAGGUGCCCUAAGAUUGCUCUAAGGCCCAGCCUGUGGUUACAGAUCUGUGACUUGCAGAACCUGCCAGGUGUAUGGCUAGAAGUUGUCCUUGUGCUGAUGUGUCUCAUUACUAAGUCAGUGGAGAAGACAAAGGUAAAAAUCAUGUAUCUGGUUUACAUCAUAAAGUACAAUUCUCAUUUUACAAACUCAGGUAUGAAACGAAACACCUGUCCUUCAUGGAGCUGAUUUUAGCUCCUGUCUUUUCAAAAUGGCUGAGGGAGUUCCUACACACACUUUUUCCCUGGAGGCCAAGUCUAGGGGUAGAAAGGGGAGGGGCAGGGCUACCAGGUAGCAGUUGACGACCAAAGGCCUGAGCAGUGGCCCUCAGUGUCAUCUGUCCACAGAGCUAUCUGCCAAGACGACCACUGACCCACAUCUGGUCUUGGUUGUUGGUCUCAGGUUUCUCCUGCCACCUGCAAGCCCCAUUCCGUUCCUACAGGUCUCUCGGCCAUCUGUAAGUCCUUUGUGAAGACGUGGGUGACACGAGGGUACAGGAAAACCCAUUCCUCAACCCAGAUCCACGUCUCAACUGCUUCUACUCUGCGUUGGCGUUCAGGAAGACAGGCACAGUUCUCUCUAACCAUAGAAACACCUCCCGGCAUCAAGGAUUCCAGUCAGGUCUCUAUCCCAACUGAUCAGGGAGAGAAGGGCAGACCUAUUGUCAAAGACCACCAUGUCCAAGCUCUGAUGGCUCCCCACUGGCUGCCACCACAGGGGCUUUGGGCUGGUCUGGGUCAUGGGGAAGCAUCCCCCUUACUGCUGGUCAGAUACCAAAUCUCCUGGAUUUGGCAUCUAUGUUGGUACAACUCCUGGCCUUUUCUCUAAAGGCCUUUGGCUUUUAUAAAUCACAAGCCAGUAAUACAUCCCCCCCCCCCCCCCCUGCCACCGCUCUGUUUUUUGCUGUGUCAUCUCUGCCUUGAGACCGUGCUUGCCUUAAGAGAGUGAGCCAAUUAACAGCUGCCUGAAUUGUCAUUUUCCAUUUCGGUUUGUUAGAGGUGGGAAGGGUGGGUUUUGAGAAGGUUCAAAGCAAUACCCAAAGUAAAGGGAAAUAUCAGACAAGAUGUUAUCAUUUUUAUAGAUGUUCUCCUGCCACACAAAGAAUUUGGGCUGCAAGGAUAAGGCAAAGGCUCCAAUCCUAUUUCUCCUAGGAUGCAUUCUUCGAGAGCCUGGCCAGAGUUCCGAGGCCCGCGAGCGUCAGCUGUUGUUUUAUUUCCCAACAAAGCCCUCUGACAAAUGAGACCUCAGCAGUUCUGGGAGCCACGUAGAGACAGCCUUGGCGAGGGGACCCGAGGCCCUGAGCCAGCAGCUGCCAUCUGGAAAUUCUUCUUUUAGCCUCUCCUUAGAGGUGAAUGUGAAAGAAGCCCCUCAGGCACCCGCUGAAUUUCUGAGGCCUUGUUAAAGCUCGGAAGUGGCUUAGGCAUUUGGGAAAUGUGGUUUACAUCAUAAAGAACUUGAAUUGAAAUGUUUUCUAUAGAAACAGGUGCUCGGUGUACUGUGUUAUACUUGGUGUUGGUCAUUUCUCAGUCCUGGGCUCUAUCAUUUUAGAACCUUGUCAGUUAUUUAAGAUUAUAACUGGCCCUGCAUUAAAAUAAUGUAUCUUGAUGUCAGAUUUUACCUGUUUGCUGCUGAGAACAUCUCUGCCUAAUUCACCAAAGCUGGACCUUCAGUUCAACGCACUUCCUUGGCUUUUCGUGGUUGUCUAACAUUUCCAUGAAAACAAAGAAACUAACCGGUUUUGCCUUGAGAGAGUGAGCCAAUUAGCUGUAACCAAACAAAGGAACAAACUUUGUUUGGUUACAGCAUUCAGGGGAGCAUUUUUUCUGUGACACACAGCAACAUCCCAAAGAAAUAAACAAGCAUGACAAGAAAACCCUAAAUGCUACCGUUCCAAAAAGCAACUUAACGUCUUUUUUAUAUUGGGUGCAAAAGGUCACCCAACUUCCUAUGAUGAAAUUUUAAAUUAAUGGGUGCCUUUCGGCAUCAUUUGCUUCCUUAUCUACACUAGAGUCAGAAAUCUGCAUUUUUUAUUCUUUUAUAUGACUUGUAAUUUAAAAAUGUAUAUAGAUUUGAGUAUGGUCCUGUUGUGUUCUCUCCAACCUACUGUCUCCAUAAAGGUGACUGUUUUCUCUAUUAGAAAUGUGUCUCUCCUCACAGCACCAAGAUUCCAAGUCUUUUGCUCCCGUGGUAUCAGGAGUGGCAGAUCACGGGCAGGGGUCCUCAGAGAGCACCUUAGAAACCUCACUUAACCGCUGGAUUCAACCCCUUUCUCACUGACUUGGUCACAAAUUUUCUGGCAUAUCCUGCCUUAUCGUGAGCUCUUUUGUCUCUUUCUAGGCCUAUAUUUAAAAAAAAAAAAA